GAAAACGAUGAUGAGAGAAAGAGAGAGAGCGAGAGAAACAGAGAGAGAGCGAGAGAGUGAGAGAGAGAGAGAGAGAGAGAGAGAGAGAGAGAGAGAGAGGGAGAGAGAGAGAGAGAGAGAGAGAGAGAGAAGAGAGAGAGAGAGAGAGAGAGAGAGAGAGAGAGAGAGAGAGAGAGAGAGAGAGAGAGAGAGAGAGAGAGAGCAUAAGAUAAAGAAAGACCAUAAGAGAAAGAGAGAGAGAGACAGAAAGAGAGAAAAAGAGAGAGAGAGAGUGAGAGAGAGAGAGAGAGAGAGAGAGAGAGAGAGAGAGAGAGAAUGGAUGAGAGAGAGAGAGAGAGAGAGAGCAUAAGAGAAAGCAAAGGGAAAGAGC